AGGCUUUCGACUCUGACCAAUCAUGAAUCUGGCGAGUGUCAAGAAUCGAAAUGUCAGACGAUGCAUCAACCACAAAUUUGAAGAUCGAAAAGGAUGGUAAUGCUCGACGGACUCCGGACGCCGUUCUUGGUAGUCACGGCGGCAGUGACGGGGUGGUGGGCACUGUCGACGCAAGCGAGGCAACAGGUGCUCUUGCUGACUGAAUCGGCUGAUAAGGUUGCGCUCUCUCUGGGCACUGAAUGGCAAAGUCUUGGACCCUUCCCAGCGGGGAUGAGGGAGCAGGCAUUUGGAGCGUUGUUCUGCACUGCGUUCGCUUCAAUACAGGAUUUGGUGAAGGACCCGUCCGCCUCACUGCCCAGCACGUAUGGCUACCUGAACGGAAGUGUCCCUUUGCAAAGGUUCACUGCAGAGCCAGAAAUCAAUUCCAAAGUCAAGGGCGGACGUCCCAUUCGUCACAAGCUGGCGCUACACGAUGCCAACGUAGAUUGGACGGGACCGCGAACGACCGCCGGAUGGAGCAGUCAGCAAUGGGAAAGUCUGGUAUGGACGGAUUUAAACCUCACCGCCCAGGAAGGUGUCUCGGAUGUGCUCCUGGUCAUCAAUGUGGACAAGGGCGCAGAAUUUGCCCUCCUCCCUGCAGACUCAGGGUCCGCCGUGCCUUUGCGCUGGCACAACGGUGAUUUAUACAGCUACAACGAGGCUCCGACCCCUCUGCGGCCGAUGAGCGCGAAAGAAGCAGCAAGUGUUCCUCUGCCGCACCUGAUUCGCGUAGCGGCAGGCUGCUACAAGCUACUUGUGAGAGCAUUGUACGAGAUUCGCCUGUUUGGCGAUCCGGACCAUUCUGAGCCUACCGGCGUGCCCAACAUGGAAGUAGGAAUUCAUAUCGAAGUCCUCUCCUCGCGGCCUGACUCCAAGGCAGCUAGCGCUGUCGUCGUGCAAGGCGCUCUGCUACGGCAAGCAGACAUUGUUGGAGGGCAGUUUGCAGGUCACGGUCUUGGUCUAGGCAUUCGCAAUGAAGGAUCGCAACCUGUCAUUGUUGAAGCGGUCCGUGGUUUGGGACCUCUUGCGAAAUUUUUGGUGCCGGCCCUACCGAGGAGAGACCUUGCGAUCGAGGCUCUGCAGACGCGUCCGGUCUUUGUCCACAUUGAGCAGCUUGCCCCAGUGCCGAUGACGUUCACCAGUAGCGGAGUCGUCGAGUUGGAGAUCGAAGUGGUCUUGCGCUCGUCGAAUCCUAGCAUGACCACACAGAAGCUGUCGGUAUGCUUCGCUUUGCGAUCGCGACCAAGUCCUUUUUCGUCUGGCGGCCGACGUCUCUCUGCUCGAGACGCUUCAUACACAUUUACAUAUCCCACUGCAGAUGGAGCGCUGGAGCACGCCAUCGCCAUCCCGCCGCAAUCUCCACCAAUUUACGCCAGGGACCAGAGCAAAUCUGUCGUUCUUGGACUUCACGGAGCAGGCGUCGAGGCCACAGACCCAGCGUGGGCAUCAUCAUUCAUAAGGCACCCAACGAGCUGGAUCGUGCUUCCCACCGGGCGCGCGUCAUGGGGCUAUGACUGGCAGCUCAGUUCCUCCAGCGCUGCCACAUUGGCGCUGCAUACUCUAUCGCAUCGUCUUUAUGGUCUGCCUCCUGAACUCGAAUAUCGCCAGCUCUGGCACUUCGACCCCAGCAGCAUAUACGUUUUAGGUCACUCUAACGGCGGGCAAGGAGCAAAUCAGUACAUUUCGCACUUUCCUGACAAAGUCAUUGGAGGCGCUGUCUUGGCGGGCUACAUCAAGGUUCGAGACUACGUAUCCUUUGAUUGGGGCACUUCUCACCAUGUGGCAGAUCCUGCCCUCAUCGGCAUCCUCUCGACCUCAUUGAGCACAUUUGAGAAUGAUCUGCACGCCAGCAACAUGGUCGCAACUCCCUUGCUGUACAAGUACGGCAAAGAGGAUGACAAUGUCCCGACGUGGCACUCGCGAACUAUGGCCGCAUUGAUCCAAUCGUGGAAUGCCCGAUCCUCGAAGAGUUCUGCAGUCCAGUCCUUUGUCUCGGUGUCGGAAGUGCCGGCGCGGGGACAUUGGUGGGAUACCAUCAUCCAAGAGAAAGACGUGCAACUUCACCUAAAUCGAACCCUUGAAAUCAAGGAGGCAAAGUUGCAGUCCUUCACCUUGAGUUCUGCCAAUCCUGCCGAAGUCGGUAGCAUGCAGGGUUUUCGUAUCAUUGAGCUCGAAGUCCCUGGACGCUUGGCACGGCUUUCAGUAGAGUUUGUGCCUUCAGAAGAGACCGGGCCUGAACAAAAGAUCAGCGUCAAAACUUUUGGCGUACAAGCGUUCUCCAUUGCUGUCAACAAGACAGCGUGGAGAAACAGCAGCUUUCAGGCGUCUCUGAGCGUCAGCGUCAACAACCAGGCAGUACGCUUGUCAAGUCAAGCAGACGGCCAGACGUUGCUCUUUGAGCGCGGACAGGAUGGCUCAUUCGCAUGUGCGAGUGCGCCAGAAGACGUCGGUGGCCUUGCUGGUCUGGGAUAUGUAAGACCAAUCGGUCCAGCUAUUCGUAUAUUAUCCACCCCGGCGCCUCUGCUCCUGGUACUUCCGACGCGCACCUCCCAAGAUUCCCGUCAGCACUACAAGUCGGCAGCGCUAAGGAUCGCGCACGAUGCGCUCUUGUACGGACACAUCGACUCUGAAAUCGUCUCAGAUGUGGCCGCGUUAGAGAUGGUGGCAACGACAAACGAUGGCGCGAAUGCCACGCUCGGCAACAUCGUGAUACUUGGCGGACCGAUGGAAAAUUUGCUAGCGGAGCACAUGCUCAAUCAGAAUCCAUCGCCAAUCACUUUCUUGAACAGCGGUCAACUGCGCGUUCGGGAUCGCACCUUUGCCGACCCGUCUACUGGCCUUCUCAUGCUGCAACCUCACCCAGUGACUCAUCAGCGCUCUGAAAACUUGGCUCUGCUGCUGUAUGGCAACGACGCGUCAGGCAUCGAAAGAGCCGCUAAGCUGUUCCCAGUGCGGACUGGAUUGAGCGUACCGGAAUGGAUCGUCAUUGGACCAGAAGCCGAUUGGAGUGGAAUCGGGGCAAUUCUCGGCGCAGGCUGGUUUGACCGACGAUGGCAAUGGUCCGAGUCCAUGUCAUGGCUCGCUUAACGUUCGCACAUCGCCCUUCCCAGUUCGCCUCCUACGCUAUCGAACCAGUAAAGUGCUUCGAACGCUUUUGAUGAU